AUGUCCACCGAUGCCACCGACACCGACGCCGCCUCGGGCAGCAAGAAUUUCUCCCGCACGCCCACGUCCUGGGACCCGCUGGACGACAUUCUCCUAAUGCACUUGAAGGACACCCAGAAGCUCGGCUGGAAGGAGAUCGCGCUGCACUUCACCAACAGAACGCCCAACGCGUGCCAGUUCCGCUGGCGGCGGUUGAAGUCCGGCAACUUGAAGAACCCGCCGAAGUCCGCCGCGGCACUCCCGGGCAUGUCCACGCCGGGGGCGCCCACCAGCACGCCCAGCGACACGUCCGCAAACUCGCGCCGGCCCAGCAUGCUGUCGGAGCCCGAGAAGAAGGGCGGCGUGAAGCGCCGCAUCUCGGAGCUCUCCACGGGCAUCGGGUCCGUGUACUCGCCGUUGUCCAACACCACGUUCACCGGCUACGACACCGUGUCCACGGCCUUGGCCGGCUUGAACGCGCUCUCGCACACGGGCACGCCCGCCUCCGGAGCCGGCUCGCCGCAGGGCCCCAUCAACACCACGUCGCACCCACAGACGUUCGAGAACCUGCCGAAACUGGACGUGGCGUUGGACCCCCAGGCACACAGCGCCGCGGCAGGCAGCAGCGGCGGCUACUUCACCGACAUCUCCGUGGACCCGACGCUGAACUUGCCACACAACAAGCCGCACCCGGUGCCCAGCUCGCAGAACAUGACACCGCGCCACUCGGCCGUGGACCAGAACCUUGCCUUCGUGCACAACAACUCCAUCAUCCAGAUCGUGCGCGACGACCGAAACUCCGUCUCCUCCCAGCUGCGGCACUCCGUGCUGAGCCUCCCGUCGAAGUCUAUGGACAUCCCGCACCACCAGAGCAACUCGCUCGCACACUUGCCCGUGUUGUUCGGCGGCAGCAGCAUCAGCGGGCCUUCCGGGCACGGCCCGUCCUCGGUGUCCGGGCCCCUGGGGCUCCCGCACCUCGCGUCGACGCUUUCCAGCAUACGAAACGGCUCCAUUGUCGGGCCCUCUCAGGCCUACUUGCGCCGGCUGUCGAUGCUGAUCGUGCAUGGCGAUCGCCGCUUGUCGGAGAAAGACAGGGAGCGCCGGCACGAAAAGGAGAAGAGCGCAGAUCCACCAAGAAAGCAGGCCAUGCCCGAACUGACCACCCCUGGCCGCUCGACGCCCACGGCUCUGCAGCCUGUGUUCAAGAUCCCAUGGUCGAUGGAAGAGGACGAGUUGUUGAUCAACCGGCGGCGCAAGGAGUUGUCCUUUGCAGAACUAUCCAUCUUGCUUCCGCAGCGAACCGAGGGCGAGAUCUGGUCGCGCAUCGAUGCGCUAGAACGGCUCAAGAACGGCCACCGUGCGCUGGUCUCGCGUGCGCGCCGCCACCGCCAGUCGCUGUUGGGCCUUGAUGAUGUCGACGACUUCUACGACGACGUGGAUUCCGUUAUCGAUGGAAUCGACAGCGAAGACGACGACCACAAUGACGACGUGUUGCUCGACGUCGACGACAGCAUACUGGGACAUCACAGGAUGUCCAAGAAAAGACGAGCAAGCUCUGCGGUGAACCCCUUGAGCGUGCGAGACGGCAUCAGAGGCAAACUUCACUAA